GGUGUAACAGCGGUAUAGCGGCGGUCUUUGCCUGCAGCCAGUCCCCCCUCGUCCCCUGGGGCUGCACAGGAUGGGUUUGUGUGCUCAGAAACGCUGGAAAACACGAAAUUGCCUCUUUCCCUUGUUCUGAGCAAUAUUCUCCUUCACUUAAUUUCUUUAAUUGAAUUUUGGGUAGGUGGUCAUCUCAAAAUGCUUCCUUAAUUCUUCCUACGCAGUUUUCUCCUUUGAGAACGAGCAUUUGGUAACAGUUUUGAUUAAAGUUGCACUAAAAUUACAGAACAAGCAAUUUCGCUUUCAAAAUGACCGUAUUUCCUACAGAAUUCCUGCUAACAGCUGUUUGCUGAACCUCAGUCCCAGGGGAGCUUCCCUUGGGCUGUGCCAAGAGCCACACAGCAGCGCUUGGCAUCCAUCUCCAUGCGUUGUAGGUCUCCAGAGGGAGGAGGGAGACAAGCUUCACUCUGCUGGCAGGGCUCGUCUUUGCUUUUCUUCUGGGCUUGAAAACACGGAGGAUAACCUUGAACUUGGGCUGGAACAUUGUGUUAAACACAUCAGUACUUUGGCAAGUGGUGUAAUUGGCCACAUCUUCCUCUGAUGUAAGUCUGGAUAAUUGCACUGAAGCCUGUAGCCCUCCCUUGACAUAGUGAGAUAUGACUCCCAUCUGGGGAACUUCUGUCCUGGUGGCAUUGCCGCUUUAAAAAACAACUCAAACUACAAAACAUACUUGGAUAUUCUUUGUAAACAUGAAUAGACGACCUCCUGAGGUCCCUUCCAACCUGAAUUAUCCUGUGUUUCUAUGCUGCUGCUGUUUGUCCAGACAGUAUUUUGCAGGAUGGAGUCCUGGUUCCGAAUGGAAGCUGCUUUGCACAGGGCAAUGACAGAGCCUGCUGAGCAGAGGGAGGUGGAUGUGCACCGAUACACAGCCACCACCAGAUCCAGUGGUGUGUUAGUGUCAUCCUGGGGUAAAGAAGCAGCUUCAGCCCUCUCUUCCUCUCUGUGGCAACCCCAAAUCUGCCUGAUCACUGCUGUCACACUACAGAUGAGAUGAAAAUAGGCCCUGGCAGAGAAACUGAGGUACUGAUACCUCUUAAGACCUACAUUUUCAUGCUUGCUUGACUUGCAAAACAGUAGCUCACCUCUUCAAGACUUCUAACAGCGUGAAAUCCAAUCAGUGUCAGUGCCUUUUGGUACUGGAACGAUGGCUACUGUAGAAGCUGUCAAGAAGAAGCAAAGCUACACUAGUGUGCACGAGGCAGUGAAAGCUGGGGAUGUGGAACAGCUUGCGUCAAUGAUAAGAAGUGGAGCUGGUAUUAAUGAGGUGGAUUUAGUCCACAAAUUCACACCACUGCACUGUGCUGCACACUCUGGAAGCCUGGAGUGCCUUCACUGGUUGCUCUGGCAUGGAGCUGAUACAACACGUGUGACUGUGGGAGGCUGGACAGCAGCUCACCUUGCAGCUAUCCGGGGUCAGGAUGCUUGCAUGCAGGCUUUGUUAGUGAAUGGAGCAAACGCAGAAGCUCAGGAUGACCGUGGGUGCACACCCUCACACCUGGCUGCAGCCCAUGGGCAGUCGUACACCUUGCAGACCAUACUGCGGCAUGGAGUGAAUGUGAAUGUUUCAGACAGGAACGACUGGAAGCCUGUUCAUUAUGCUGCUUUCCAUGGCCGCUUGGGCUGUUUGCAGCUUCUCCUUAGGUGGGGAGCAUGUAUUGAUGACGUGGAUAACAAUGGAAACCUUCCAGCUCAUCUAGCAGCAGUGGAAGGGCACUUGCAUUGCUUCAAGUUCUUGGUCAGUAAAAUGGCCACUGUGAUGCACACACUGAAAGCCAGGAAUGACCAAGGAGAGACUCCAAGGGACUUGGCUGAACGGUUCUAUAAAGAUAACAUCCUGCAGUAUAUUGAUGGGGUGGAAAAAGAGGGGCAGCAUCCAGAGACACAGGAAGUUUUAGCUUUCCCAGCUCAUGGUGCUGCUUCCAAAGGGGACUUGUUAACGCUUAGAAGAUUAGUGGGAAGUGGAGUGAUCAAUAUGAAUGAGCGAGAUGAUGAGGGAUCCACUCUCAUGCACAAAGCUGCUGGACAGGGGCAGAUCCAGUGCCUGCAGUGGCUGCUUGAAAUGGGAGCUGACGGUGACAUUACAAAUGAUGCUGGAGAGACUCCAAAGGAUGUAGCCAAGAGAUUUGCCCAACUGGCAGCUGUGGAACUUCUGACACAAAGAGCUGGGGACAGUAACUCAAGUGAUGAAGAACUAGAUGCAAAGAACAUAAAGUUUUUUGAAAGCCAUGGUGUGGAAGGCAGCACAGAUAGCAAAGCAGACGUAACCCUGGAUAAAGCAGAGAAGAGGGAUGCGCGCAUGAGGGCCUAUCACAAGAUCCAGGAACUUCAGCAACUUCUAGAAAUUGCCUACAGCAACUACAGGCAGCUGGGAGGAAUAACUGAAGAGGAGAAGAAGGUGAAGAAAGAAGAAAGGGAAGCUGAGAAGGCUGUGAUGGAGCUGGAGGCUCAGCUGGAAUACGAGCGAGUGAGGCGGGAGAAGCUGGAGAGCCAGCUGGAUGAGUGCCGUGCUGAGAUAAACCAUCUGAGACAGCGCCUGGAGAAACACCACAGCUCCCCUCCUGCCCCCGCGGAAGCUGAGACCAUCAUCUCCAAGCCUUGCAAAGAGAAAAAGAAAGUAAAGAAGAAACCAGCCUCCAGCCCUGGGGGUGUGUUUGUGAGACUACGCUGAGGGGUGAACCUCUGAGGAGAAGCAGCUUGAGGAGGGAGAAUGAGAGUAUUCCAGCCAACACAAAGCAUUUGCUCCACAGAGGAGUU